AUGGCUUCUACGGUCGGCAAGACUAUCACCUGCAAGGCGGCCAUCGCCUGGGAGGCUGGCAAGGAGCUCAGCGUCGAGGACAUUGAGGUGCUGCCGCCUCGGGCCCACGAGGUCCGAGUUGAGAUCUACUACACUGGUGUCUGCCACACAGAUGCGUACACGCUCUCGGGCAAGGACCCUGAGGGUGCUUUCCCCGUGGUCCUGGGCCACGAGGGCGCCGGUGUUGUCGAGUCGGUGGGUGAGGGUGUGACCAACGUCAAGCCGGGCGACCAUGUGGUGGCCCUGUACACACCCGAGUGCAAGGAGUGCAGGUUCUGCAAAUCGGGCAAGACGAACCUGUGCGGCAAGAUCCGGGCAACGCAGGGCAAGGGUCUGCUGCCGGAUGCGACGUCGCGGUUCCGGGCGCGCGGCAAGGAUCUGCUGCACUUUAUGGGCACGUCGACGUUCUCGCAGUACAUUGUGGUGGCGGACAUCUCGGUGGUGGCUAUCCAGAAGGACGCGCCGUUUGACCGUGCGUGUCUGCUGGGCUGCGGCAUCACGACGGGCUACGGAGCAGCACGCGUGACGGCCAACGUGGAAGAGGGCAGCAACGUGGCCAUUUUCGGAGCCGGCUGCGUCGGUCUGUCGGUGGUGCAGGGCGCGGUGGCGAACAAGGCGGGCAAAAUCAUCGUCGUGGACGUCAACAAUUCCAAGGAGGAGUGGUCGCGCAAGUUUGGGGCGACGGACUUUGUCAACCCGCUGGCGCUGCCCAAGGGCACGACGAUCGUCGACAAGCUGAUUGAGAUGACAGACGGCGGCUGCGACUACACGUUUGACUGCACGGGCAACGUGCAGGUGAUGCGGUCGGCGCUGGAGGCGUGCCACAAGGGCUGGGGCGAGAGCAUCAUCAUCGGCGUGGCGGCGGCGGGCCAGGAGAUCAGCACGCGGCCCUUCCAGCUGGUGACCGGUCGGGUCUGGAGAGGCUGCGCAUUUGGCGGCAUCAAGGGCCGGUCGCAGCUGCCAGGUCUUGUGGGCGACUAUCUCGAGGGCCGGCUCAAGGUGGACGAGUUCAUCACGCACCGCAAGACGCUGGGCCAGAUCAACGAGGCCUUUGAGGUGAUGAAGCAAGGCGACUGCAUCCGUGCCGUGGUGGAUAUGCGCAAGCUGUAA